AUGGAGUCAGAUAGCAAUGACUCCCAAACGGUCUAUGAACCAACACCCCUCAAGGAAACUCCUCACGAUGAUAUCGAAUGGGCUAUGAAGUCCGAAGUCAUCGCCUACAAAGAGCGAGACAGAUCCUCUGGCUUCUCAGACAGAGAACUCGGCGUAACUUGGAAAAACCUCACUGUCGAUGUCACCUCAGCAGAUUCCGCCAUUCACGAGAACUUCUUAUCUCAAUACAAUAUCCCUAAGCUCAUCAAAGAGUCUCGACAGAAGUCACCACUCAAGACCAUCCUCGACAACAGCCAUGGCUGCGUCAAGCCCGGUGAAAUGCUUCUAGUCCUCGGUCGUCCUGGCUCUGGGUGUACUACUCUCCUCAAUAUGAUCGCCAACAAGAGGCGCGGUUAUACCAGUGUCAAGGGUGGUGUUUUCUACGGCUCAAUGACAGCCGAAGAAGCCAAGACAUACCGCGGCCAGAUUGUCAUGAACACUGAGGAAGAAGUAUUUUACCCUGCACUGACCGUUGGCCAGACCAUUGACUUUGCUUCACGCCUCAAAGUCCCCUUUCAACUGCCCAAGGGUGUCAACUCACACGAAGAACUGCGAACUCAGACAAGAGACUUCCUUCUCAAGUCCAUGGGUAUCGAAGAUACCAUUGACACCAAGGUUGGCGAUGCCUUUAUUCGUGGUGUGUCAGGUGGGCAGCGCAAGCGCGUCUCAAUCAUCGAAACUUUGGCUACCCAGGGCUCAGUCUAUUGCUGGGACAACUCUACUCGAGGUUUAGACGCAAGCACUGCCUUGGAAUACACCAAGGCCAUCCGAGCAAUGACAGAUGUCAUGAAGUUAGCUUCCAUCGUGACUCUCUAUCAAGCUGGUAAUGGUAUCUACGAUCUCUUCGACAAAGUCCUCGUUCUCGAUGAGGGAAAGCAAGUUUACUACGGUCCUCUCAAAGAGGCUAAACCUUUCAUGGAGAGCAUGGGCUUUAUAUGUUCGCAUGGUGCAAAUGUAGCGGACUACUUGACUGGUGUAACUGUCUCCACUGAGAGACAGAUCCGUCCUGAUUAUCAGAACCGGUUUCCGCGAACUGCAGAAGCCCUCCGAGUCGAGUACGAGAAGUCACCCAUCCACGAACGAAUGCGAUCGGAAUAUGACUAUCCUACAUCUGACGUCGCCAAGGAGAGAACCAAGCUCUUUCAAGAAGGUGUCCGCCAAUUCAAGAAUAAGAAGCUCUCCGACGACAGUCCCAUGACUGUUGGCUUCUUCGAACAGACCAAGGCAUGUGUCAUUCGUCAGUAUCAGAUUGUCCUCGGAGACAAACCCACAUUCUUCAUUAAGCAGAUCUCUAUGAUUAUCCAAGCCCUCAUCGCCGGUUCCCUCUUCUACAACGCUUCCAACGACUCAAGCGGCUUGUUCAUCAAGUCAGGCGCUGUCUUCGUCGCCCUUCUAUCCAACUCAUUGGUAUCAAUGUCUGAAGUCACGGAAUCUUUCACAGGGCGUCCCGUUCUUCUCAAGCACAAGUCAUUUGCUAUGUAUCAUCCAGCAGCGUUCUGUAUUGCACAGAUCGCCGCCGACAUACCAAUCAUCUUACUACAAGUCACCACGUUCAGUGUUAUUGAAUACUUUAUGGUUGGUCUUACUGCUACUGCUAGCCACUUCUUUACGUUUUGGGUUAUCUUGGUGGCCACCACAAUUUGUAUAACCGCCCUCUUCCGAGCUGUCGGCGCCGCCUUCAGCACCUUCGAUGCCGCUUCUAAGGUUUCUGGUCUUCUCAUCACCGCCACAAUUAUGUACUCUGGCUAUCUCAUCCAGAAGCCGUUGAUGCAUGAUUGGUUUGUGUGGAUAUUCUGGAUUGACCCUCUGGCCUAUGCUUUCGAUGCCCUCUUAUCGAACGAGUUUCAUGGCAAGAUCAUACCCUGCGUUGGAAACAACCUUGUUCCCAGUGGGCCGAGUUUCACCGAUGGCGAUCAUCAAGCUUGCGCCGGUGUAGGUGGUGCUCGGCCUGGUCAGAACUACGUGACUGGUGAUGACUACUUGGCCUCUCUAUCUUAUGGACAUGACCACUUGUGGAGGAACUUCGGUAUCAUCUGGGCUUGGUGGCUCCUCUUCGUCGCCAUUACCAUCUACUUCACCACCAAGUGGCAUGCGGCGUCUGAAGAUGGACCGUCUCUAUUGAUCCCACGCGAAAAUGCGCAUAUCACCGCCGCCCUGCGUCAAUCCGAUGAAGAGGGUCAAGCCUCCGGAGAGAAGAAGAUGACUAGCAAUCGGGAUGGCGGUGUCGUUUCAGGCGAUGAAUCCGACACAAGCCUAGCUCUCGUCCGAAACACCUCAGUGUUUACAUGGAGAAACUUAACUUACACGGUGAAAACUCCCUCGGGAGACCGUACUCUUCUCGACAAUGUCCAAGGCUGGGUUAAGCCCGGUAUGCUGGGUGCCCUCAUGGGUGCUUCGGGUGCUGGAAAGACAACCCUUCUUGAUGUUCUAGCCCAGCGCAAGACAGAUGGCACUAUUCGCGGUUCAAUCAUGGUCGAUGGUCGACCUCUGCCCGUAUCAUUCCAACGCUCCGCCGGCUAUUGCGAGCAACUCGACGUCCAUGAGCCCUACGCUACCGUUCGUGAAGCCCUCGAGUUCUCCGCUCUUCUUCGGCAGAGUCGCGAUACCCCUCGCGAAGAGAAGCUGAAGUAUGUCGACACAAUCAUCGACCUUCUUGAACUACACGAUAUUGCGGACACCCUGAUUGGGCAGGUCGGCGCGGGACUGAGCGUUGAGCAGCGUAAGCGUGUUACCAUCGGUGUUGAGCUUGUCUCUAAGCCAAGCAUCCUUAUCUUCCUUGAUGAACCUACCUCUGGUCUAGAUGGCCAAUCUGCCUACAAUACCGUCCGUUUCCUACGCAAAUUGGCUGCUGUCGGCCAAGCUAUUCUUGUUACCAUUCAUCAACCUUCGGCCCAGCUUUUCUCUCAGUUCGAUACCCUCCUUCUUCUCGCCAAGGGUGGCAAAACCGUCUAUUUUGGUGACAUUGGUGAGCAGGCGAAGACUGUUUCUGAUUAUUUCGGUCGUUAUGGAGCAUCUUGUCCAAAGGACGUCAACCCAGCUGAGUUCAUCAUUGAUGUUGUCUCAGGACAUCUUAGCCAAGGCAGGAACUGGAAUGAAGUGUGGCUCUCAUCUCCUGAGCACGCUGCCGUCGAGAAGGAGCUUGAUCACAUCAUUACUGAGGCUGCUUCCAAGCCUCCAGGGACCACUGAUGACGGUCGAGAAUUCGCCGUUCCCUUGUGGGAGCAGACCAGACUCGUCACACAUCGAAUGAACGUCUCCUUGUAUAGAAACUGUGGCUACACAAAUAAUAAGAUCAUGCUUCAUAUCUUCUCAGCCCUCUUCAAUGGCUUUACAUUCUGGAAGAUUGGAUCAUCUGUGGCUGAGCUUCAACUCAAGCUCUUCACCAUCUUCAACUUCAUCUUCGUCGCUCCCGGUGUAAUGGCUCAGCUUCAACCACUAUUCAUCCAGCGACGAGACAUCUUUGAGACACGUGAGAAAAAGUCCAAGAUGUAUUCUUGGGUCGCAUUCGUCACUGGUCUUAUUGUUUCAGAAUUCGUAUGGCUUGUGGUCUGCGCUAUCAUAUACUUUUUGUGCUGGUUUUACACAGUAGGGUUUCCAGCUGUUUCGUCUCGCGCAGGAGGUACCUUUUUCGUCAUGUUAUGCUACGAAUUCAUAUAUACCGGAAUAGGCCAGUUCAUCGGAGCGUAUUCGCCUAACGAAGUCUUCGCGUCACUCGUCAACCCUCUGGUCAUUACGAUUCUGGUGUCGUUUUGCGGCGUACUAGUUCCUUACUUUGGUAUCCAGGCCUUUUGGAGGUACUGGCUUUACUAUAUCAACCCGUUUAACUACCUCAUGAGCUCGAUGCUUACAUUUAGUGUCUGGUCUGCCGAUGUCGAGUGCAAGGAAAACGAAUUGGCUCGCUUCAGUCCUCCCAAUGGCACUUCUUGUGGCGAGUACCUCUCAGAGUGGCUCACCCAAGUCCCAAGCAAGCUCCUCAACCCUGAUGCUACUGACGAGUGCAUGGUAUGCUUGUACAGCAAGGGUGAGGAUUAUCUUCGUACCCUCAACAUCAAGGACUACUCGUAUGGUUGGAGGAAUGCUGGUAUUACUGCUGCAUUUGUCUUCUCUUCAUAUGCUCUCGUUUACAUUUUAAUGAAGCUCCGGACCAAGACUUCCAAGAAGGCUGAGUAG